AUGAAUUACAAUGACGAUGAAUAAGAUGAUCUAUUUGAGAUUUUCCAUUAGCUUAAAGAUAUUGACGAAACAAUAUACGGUUUGAUAAUUUAAUUGUUUAGAAAGGAGAAUAUUGAAGAUUGUGUAGGAUUUCUUUCGGGAAAUGAAAAUCAAAGACAUUUUGAAUAAUACAUUUUUAAAGAAAAAAAUUAAACACAAACUGAGAAGGAAUAAAGAUUCUAUUUAGUUAGCAAUAAUAUUAUACAAAUUACUAAUGCAAUUAAAAAAAUAAAGGAUCAUGACUUUAAUAAAUAAAAUUAUUCUGAAGAAAUUUACAUAGAAUUCAAUCAAGAUCUAAUUAAAAAAAUAUCCAAAACUUAAUAGAUCACUCAAUGUUUAAAAUUUUUCGUUUUGCUCACAGCUAUCGACAGCACUUUUAUUUAAUGCGGAUCAAAUUCAUUGAAUUUAUUAAUCUAGAUGAAAGUGGACCUUAGAAACUAAAAUUUUGAAAAAAUCAGAAUUUAGAAUGUUUCUUUAGUAGGAGCUAAUUUUGCAAGAUGCAAUUUAAGUGAAUCCCAAUUUGAAAAUGUAGACAUAAGUGGAAUAAAUUUAAGUGGAGCUUUGCUAUUUAAUUGUAAAUGGAAAAACUUAAGAAUACAUGAGCUAAAUAAGUUGGAUGGUCAUAUUCAUAAUGUCUACUCAGUCAGCUUCUCUCCUGAUGGCACUACAAUAGUAUCUGGUAGUGCUGACUAGUCUAUCCGUCUCUGGGAUGUGAAGACAGGAAAAUAAAUAGCCAAAUUGGAUGGUCAUACUUUUUGGGUUUAUUCAGUAUGCUUUUCUCCUGAUGGCACUAAAAUAGCAUCUGGUAGCGCUGAUAAUUCUAUCCGUCUAUGGGAUGUAAAGACAGGAAAAUAAACAGCCAAAUUGAAUGGCCAUAGUUAAUGGGUUCAAUCGGUAUGCUUCUCUCCUGAUGGUAUUUCUUUAGCAUCAGGUAGUGCAGAUAAGUCGAUUCGUUUAUGGGAUGUUUAGACAAAGAAAAAAAAAGUCAAAAUAAAUGGUCAUAUAGAAGGAGUCAGAUCGGUUUGCUUCUCACCUAAUGGUUAUACAUUAGCAUCUAGUAGUGAUGAUUAGUCUAUUCGUUUAUGGGAUGCUAAGACAGGAAAACUAUAGACCAAGUUGGGUGGUCAUACUAACACUGUCUACUCAGUAUGCUUCUCUCCUGAUGGUACUAAAUUAGCAUCUAGUAGUUAUGAUAGGUCUAUUCGUUUAUGGGAUGCUAAGACAAGACAAUAAUAGACCGAAUUGUAUGGUCAUACUAACACUGUCUACUCAGUAUGCUUCUCUCCUGAUAGUAAUACAUUAACAUCUGGUAGUGAUGAUGCGUCUAUUCGUUUAUGGGAUGUGAAAGUCAGGAUACUAAAUAAAGUCAAUUUGGAUGGUCAUCCAAGUAAUGUUUGGUCAGUAUGCUUCUCUCCUGAUGGUACUACAUUAGCAUCUGGUAGCAACGAUAAGUCUAUCAUUUUAUGGGAUGUUCAAACAGGAUCAUAAAAGGGAAAACUUUAUGGUCAUAGUUAUGGAGUCCGAUCACUAUGCUUCUCUUCUGAUGGUACUACAUUGGCAUCUGGUAGCGACGAUAAGUCCAUCCGUUUAUGGGAUGUUAAGACAAGAUAAUAAAAGUCUAAAUUUGAUGGCCAUUUUAGUUUUGUCUGGUCGGUAUGCUUUUCUUCUGAUUGUACUACAUUAGCAUCUGGAAGUGAUGAUAGUUCUAUUCGCUUAUGGGAUGUUACAACUGGAUAAUAAAAGGGCAGGUUGGAUGGCCAUAGUUCAAGUGUCUGGUCAGUCUGUUUCUCCCCUGAUGGUAAUGAAUUAGCAUCUGGAAGUAAUGAUAGGUCUAUUCUUUUAUGGGAUUUCAAGACAGGAUAAUAAAAGGCCAGUUUGAAGGGUCAUACUAAUUCUGUCUACUCAGUAUGCUUCUCUCCUGAUAGUAACACAUUAGCAUCUGGUAGUUAUGAUAAUUCUAUACGUUUAUGGAAUGUUAAGACAAGAUAAUAAAAAGCUAAAUUGGAUGGCCAUAGUAGAGGAGUCAUAUCAAUAUGCUUCUCUCCUGAUAGUACUACAUUAGCAUCUGGCAGUUUUGAUAAUUCUAUACGUUUAUGGGAUGUUAAGACAGGAUUAUAAAAAGAAAUUUUGGAUGGUCAUAGUGUAAGUGUCUGGUCAGUUUGCUUCUCCCCUGAUGGCUAUACAUUAGCAUCUGGCAGUUUUGAUAAUUCUAUACGUUUAUGGGACAUUAAAUCAAGACAAUAAAAGGUCCAAUAGGAUGGUCAUAGUAAUGAUUUCAAUUCAGUUUGCAUCUCUCUUGAUGGAAAUACAUUAGUCUCUCAAAACAGCAGCAAUGAUCCUGACUAGAAGAUAUUCAAAGAUAUUAUAGUAUAAUCGAGGCCUCCCCUAUCUAAAUAUAAUUCUAUUUCAGGAGGUAAUAUUAAAAUCCAUUAUUUUAAGCCUAAAAUAAUAUUACUAUUCUCCUUAUUUCCCAAUAACCAAUAUUUUUAUCAUUAGGAGCUUUAGUUCUUAAUGGAGAAUUUUUCAAUUACAAUGGUUUCGAUUUAAGGCCUUUUUUAGAAUCUAAAGGAAGUUGCAUAUUGGAAAACUAUAAACAAAUUAAAAAAAAGAGUAAUGAAAAUGAUACAAUAAUAUGA